AUGUAUACCAGAAAAAAUCGACCUGUGUUUUUUCUACAGUUUUUACUGGAAAAAAAAACCUUUUUUGAAAAGUGUUUUAUAAUAAGAAAAAAAAAGGUAGGUUUUGUUCUGCUGCCUUUUUACCGUCAAAAAUGAUGGAGGGUUUUCAAAAAUGUAUAUCAGAAAAAAUCGACCUGUGCUUUUUCUACAGUUUUUACUGGAAAAAAAACAAUUUUUGAAAAGUGCUUUAUCGGAAUAUAA